AUGGCGGCGGCUGCGGUGCUGCCAGCACCCACGCAGUUCAAAGCGGCUCGAGCCGUGGUGGCAGUAAUGGAGGCGUACCGCGACGCGCGCGUGCAGUUCGUCACGAAAGUCGGCGAACUCGCGGUUUCGCCUCAGAACGCGGAGGCGCUGCUGUCGCUCGGCGCGCUGCAGCUGCUGCUGCCGCUCGCGCAGGAUAGCAUGGCGUCCGUGCGAUCCGCUGCGACGCUGUCGCUGGGUCGCCUGGCGAAUGUGUCGCACACGUGGUCGCACCACCUCGUGCAGCGCAACGUGCUGCCGUCGCUCUGCAAGGCGCUCACGUCAGUCCUGCCUUUAAGUGCUUGA